AUGCAAGCCAUCUGUGCUCGCAUGAACGCGAUGAGCCUCAGGGCUCCCAAGCCCUUUGUGGCCGCGAAGGGCCUGACCUCCAAGGCCAACGGCAUCGCAGCAGCCCCCAGGCCCGUCCUCGCGCAGCAGAAGCAGCAGCAGCAGCAGCCCGCCGCCCUGGCGCUCCAGGUGGUGUGCGCCGACGGGCCACGCGGCAUGAAGCUGAAGACCCGCAAGGCUGCGGCCAAGCGGUACAAGGUGACCGGCAGCGGCAAGGUGGUCGUGCGCCGCGCCGGCAAGCAGCACCUGAACGAGAAGCAGAGCGCCAAGACAAAGCGCAACCUCGGCAAGAUGGUGUCUGCCAGUGAGUCCCACAAGAACCUGAUCCGCAAGUGCCUGCCCUAUGCCGGCAUCGUCUGA